CGUGCGGUCACCCUGCGUGCGUUUGGAUCAGCUGUUUGCUUUUAACGUUUUGUUGGGACUAAAGCCAAAAGAAAGCCCUGAAGACCAGGAGAGGAAAUACUUCACACUUUGGGAUUUUAUUGAAUUUGACAGCUUGAAGCAGACAACAUCACGCAAAUUAAAAGACGAAACAAGAAAGGAAACAGUUCUUCACUCAGUACAAGUUUUUUGUCUUGCUGAAAAACGUCUCCAGCUGUGGAUCGAAGCACUGGUUCUGAAAUUACAGAAGAAAUGUGAAGACACAUUUUCGUCUUUGACGCACUGAGACAAACCUCUGCUUCCCGUUCUCACAGGUCAGAUGUGUGUGUGGAUGUAAAACGCUGCUGUUAGCUGACAGUUACAGGGUUGGUUACACCUCUACCAGCUGAAACUCGACCCUCCGUCCUCUGCCCGCAAACCGGGGCGCCCGGAGCUGGAGGUGCCGCUGGGGACGCCAUGGGACGGUCCAAAUACUGAUGUGAUGGGCUGUUGAUGGAGAGGAUUUCGGAUGUCAGCCGGGACAGUGGUCAUCGCAGGAGGAAUUCUGGCUACAGUCAUCUUACUGACCAUCGUUGCUGUACUGUGUUUAUGUAGGUUGCAGUAUUACUGCUGUAAGAGGGAGGAGUCUGAGAAGGGGGAAGAGGAGGAACCAGAGCUUGCCACUAUGUCGCCUUCCCGCCCUCUGGCUCUGUCCGCUCCCCCUACGCCUCCAACGCCGGAGCACUACGGCGACGAACCGGAGAACUACCCCCCCACCUUCCUUACUGAGGCCAACGGGCCUGCCAGCUACUCCCCCACACCGCCGCCGCGCAGGUGCCAGCGCUCACACGCCUUCUGCCCGUCCUGCGCCCGCUGCUCACUGCCCUUCUACCUGCAGCACCCGGAGAGGCUGUGCAACGGCGGGCGCAGGAUCAGCUACAGGACUGUGCAGCAGCAGGACCUGGAGCUGCCCAUGGACCUGGCCAGCUUCUAUCAGAAGCUCAACCUCAUUCGCUCCGUCACCAUGAGGGAGGUGGUCACCCACAGCGUCAGCACUGACGUCUAGGAGCUGGCAGGAGUGAGGCAUCGCCGUCCUGUUGGCCUGGGGAAAGGUUGCUUUAUACAAACUGCACUGACUCAUCUGCAAACACACUAAAUUAACAUGUUAUAUAAGCGCUCUGCUGUGGGAGCAGCGUUAGCACUGUGCUGUACUGGUGUACUACAACACUGAGGGCUUUUGGGUGAUGUGACAUCUCCUGGCAGCCAUUUUGGAGGUCCACAGUUCUGGAGCAACUGCCAACAGCUGAAUGCUUUUGUGAACAUAAACAUGUGUUUCUGACAGACUUGAACAGACUCAGUUUUAAGGUGGAGUCAGCGAUUCUGGAGAAAGAUUGUUGACAAUGCGCUUUGACAUUUAGCAUGUCCCAGAGUCACCGUCCCACUGCCUUUCUCUUUAUUCUCAAAGUCAACUUCCAGCCUGCUGUUGCGAUGUGACUAAAGGUUGAGGGAAAGGUCACUUUUGGUACCAUUUGAAGCAAAGCAGAGAACUGCUCAGAGAGGCGGCAAAUUAAGAUUGUUGUCUUUGUGACAUCAACACGCCGACAUAGGGAAGAGCUGCUGGGUGACGGGCUGUAAAACUUACGAGACGAGACAAAUCCAGUUCUCCGGUUUUAUAUCAUACCAGUUGAGGAAUUGUGUAAGAAAAAGUGGCUGGCAGACAUCAUCAGGUAAACACAGAUGGGAGUGUCAGUCAAAACAGGCCCUGGUGCCCCAGGUCAGAUCACACUUAUGUCUGCUGUACCCAUUUCAUAGCAGGUGAGAACAAUACACGAAUAACAGUGGUGUAACUGAAAUACACCGAGCCCACGUUUGGUCUUGGAUUUGGCAGUCGUUAUGAGCCCAGGCUCAGCCAGUUUAAAAUACCUAUACUUGUAUUAUAAUUUUUUUUUAAGCUAGCACCAAGACAUGUAAGACAACCUUAGACAUGAUUCAAGGCCGAUCUGGGUGAGUAUUCUGUCAAUACUUGUUUUAGAAAUCACCAGAAAGGGCUUCAAAAUAAUCGAACGCCAUGUUUGCUCAAUACACUUCAAUCAAAAUGUAACUGAAGGUCAUGAAAUUAACCGAAGUUUAAUCAAGAUUUUGUAGCGCACAGACCAGAUGCAUGCCCUCUUUCCACCAGACAAAGAUGGCGGUCAUCUUGUGGUGUCGUGUUGACUUUGGUAAUACAUCCAUAGCCUUUUCCCAGGCCCACAGCAACACCACUUAGCCCUUUAACAAGUGGAUGCUCGCAGUAUUGAAAAAACAAAGCACCUUCCUCAAAAACUACCCCAAUAAAACAACAUCUGUAAAACUGUUGACAGGACGCCUCCAACUGCAAAUAAGGUCAGUUAUGACUCAGUUACAAAUUUUUGGUCCAUUGAGGUUUUAUAUUUGUAAAACUUUUCACAAGGUGAGAAAAACCCAUUUAAAAAUCUGUGACAUCAUCACAAUGUAAAGUCUAUGAGCCGAGUGGGAACCUGCGGGCAGAGCCAGUAGAAGGAACACUGCUACACAUAUUAAGUGGGCUGCAUACUGUGAACGAAAACCCAGCCGCAAGAAAUGUUUCAUGCCAUGGCUGGAGGCAUUAUGUCUUAGGGUUGUCAACAUGUCCAUACAUACAUAUGUAGUGCCAUGUUCAUUAACACAGUAUCUCACACAAGGCACAAACGUCCAGUCGGAUAAUCAAUAAUAAAGUGAAGAAUAAAGAAUUUGGUUGUCAAAUGUCA